CCCUCUAAUGUCUCUCAGAGGAUCACAACUCGGAGCAGAAGCGGACGGUUAAACGUCGGCCCGACACACACGCACACACCAUGGGGAACACUGGCAACAACUCCUCCGUACCCACGGAUCUGCUGGUGGCCUGUUUCCAUGACGACGAUGCCUUCAAGUACCGCGCCUACACCAUCACCUACAUGCUGCUGUUUCCUGUGGCGAUCGUCAGCAACAUCACAGCGCUCGCCGUCUUCUUCCUGCUGGGAAGCAGAAGGAUCUCCGCCUCCUGCGUGGUCAUGAUGAACCUCGCCCUAUCAGACGGAUGCUUCUCCCUCACCCUCCCACUGCGAUUGGCUUAUUACUUCAGGGACGGAGUCUGGGACUUCCCUGAUUGGCUGUGCCGACUGUGCGUCUUCGGCUUCUACCUCAACUUGUACACGAGCAUCCUCUUCCUGACUCUACUGAGUGUGCUCCGAUGGCUCGCUGUCAAUCAUCCCCUCCAUCAUCGCGCUCUGGUCACGCCCCUUCGCACCCUAUUGGUCUGCCUGGGAGUCUGGCUGUUUGCAGGCGCGUCCUCUGUCACCUUCCUCAGCAACGGAGUGACCAUCAGGAAGGGCUUCCCUCGCUGCUUCGAGCCGUCCAGCCCCUCCUCCUGGGGGCGCGUCCUGAUCCUCAACUACGUGGCGUUGGCUCUGGGCUUCCUGCUGCCGUUCCUCACCAUCAUCGUCUGCUACAGCCGCAUCGUCCUCCGAUUGGCGACCCGCUUCGAUGGAGGCCCUUUGGGCGGCGUCCGCCGGCGCACCGGCCAGCGCUCGUUGCGCCUUGUCGCCGCGGUGACGGCCACCUUCCUGCUCUGCUUCCUGCCCUACCACGUGAUCCGGACCCUGCACCUGCACGCCGUGUGCGGCGAAUGGGACUGCGGCGUCACGGUGGCGCUGCAGCGCGCCGUGGUGGUGACGCUGUGUCUGGCGGCGUCCAACAGCGUGGUGAACCCGCUGCUGUACUACUACUCCACCAGGACCUUCAGGAACCACAUGAGGGACGCCCACUCCUCCCUACAGAGGAGGGGGUCCACGAGGCCCCACCCGGCCCUGAGCAGCAGGAGGAACACCCUCACUGAGAGAAAAGCACUGGACUAGAUCCACACUGUCCUGCUCCUAAAUAGUGAAACAAGCUUAAACCGGACUUAUAAUGACUCUUAUCUAUAACAAGUUGUAAAUCAGCUUAUUUGAUGAAAUUGCACUUUGUUGUUUCUUGUUCUUCUGAGUUUGUAUCUCUACGGUUGAAAUGCACUUUUUGAGUCGUCAGCUACGUGACAUGUGACGAAAUGUAAUGAAGAACAACAUGAUUGACAUCACAACGCUAUGAACUGUGGGUGUAGCAUUCCUGGCUGAAUUAUGGUCUAGUCUUAAACUGAUGGUCCAUCGGUAUUUUAUUGAACACACCGUAAAAUAAAUAUUAACACUCAUUAGCAUCUUAUCCCUUAGAUGCAUAAGUGGGUCAAAAAUGACCCGAUGAGGUUGUUUUAUUGAAAUAUCUUCGUAAUGAAAAAUUUUUAUCAUUUCAUAUUCCAGGUAUUCUUCAAAAAACAUGUUGUUGAUAUAAUACCAUUAACAUUUUUAACUUACCUUUUAUACAUUUUAAGAAAUUGUAGUUUUUGUACUACUACCCCAAGCU